UUCAAAGCUAGUUUCCAUCCAUUUCUUCUUCUCAUCUGAGAAAAACAUACAAGAGCUUCUUUUCUCAACAUUCUAACAUAUAUCGAAGGACGAUUUAUUUGCAAUAUAUUAAGGUUACUAAGAAGUCCAAUAUGAACAAUGAUCGAGUUUGGAUGUAUCAAAGGAAGGAUAGUCGAGGACAUUUCGAGAUUUUAUAAAUGGGUUGGAAAAUUUUAUGCGAUAUGUUAUAUCUCGAGAAGAGUCCAUGAAUGGGACAAAUGUUCAGUGUCCAUGUUUCAAGUGUGAGAAUCGCAAAUUCUGGAAUGCAGAGACGGUGAAACUGCACUUAAUGAAGAAAAGGUUUGUAAGAGAUUAUUAUGUGUGGGAUCGACAUGGAGAGCCAUAUGUUGCUCGACAAAGUGGAGAACAAUCAUCCACAAAUUACUCCAAUACCCAAGGCGGAAGAGAUGAUGACAACCUAAUGUACAAUAUGGUGAUGGAUGCUGCUGGUCCGAGUUUUGAUCCGGAGAUUCCAAAUGCAGAGGCACAAAAGUUAUAUGAUAUUCUAAAGUCAUCUGAGAGAGAGUUAUAUGAAGGUUGUGAAACAUCUCAGUUGUCUGCCAUGGCGCAGAUGUUGUGUUUGAAAUCUGAUCAUCAUUGGUCAGAGACAUGUUAUGAUCAGACGUCACAGUUCUUCAAAAGCAUCUUGCCUGAAGAUAACACAUUUCUUGAUAGCUUUUAUAGUACGAAGAAGUACAUGGAAGAACUGGGGCUUCCUUCCCAGCAGAUUGAUUGUUGUAUUAAUGGCUGCAUGAUAUACUGGGGUGAAGACAUCAACAUGGAGUCUUGUAAAUUUUGUUCGCAUGCGAGAUACAAAACAAGACUUAACAAAGCCAAGAAGGAGAGAAAGAAAGUGCCUGUUAGAAGGAUGAUCUAUUUUCCAUUAGCACCGAGAUUGCAAAGGUUAUAUGCUUGGCCUACGACAGCAACGCAUAUGAGAUGGCAUGCUGAACAUGAUGAAGAAGAAGGUGUGAUGCGUCAUUGUUCAGAUUCGGAGGAGUGGAAACAAUUUGAUAGAGCACAUCCCUCAUUUUCCUCAGAGACGAGAAAUGUUAGACUGGGACUUUCUGCUGAUGGGUUUCAACCAUUUGGUGCAACUGAUAAAUCAUAUUCUUGUUGGCCAAUUAUAGUAACUCCAUACAAUUUGCCUCUGUGGAUGUGCUCAAAAGAACAGUACUUAUUUCUGUCCGUACUUGUGCCCGGACCAAAAAAUCCAAAACAAAAGAUAGAUGUUUUCCUUCAACCAUUGAUUGCUGAGUUGAAAAUGUUAUGGGAAGUUGGUGUGGAGACUUGGGAUAAUUCUUUGAAACAAAAUUUUCGUAUGCGAGCUGCUUUGAUGUGGACUGUUAGUGACUUUCCUGCUUAUUCAAUGUUGUCUGGAUGGAAAACUGCUGGUCAUUUAGCUUGUCCCCAUUGUGCUCAUGAUCAUGAUGCAUAUAGUCUUUCACAUGGUGGAAAAACUACAUGGUUUGAUAAUCAUCGAAAGUUUUUACCGGCCAAUCAUCCAUUUCGAAAGAAUAAAAACUGGUUUACAAAGGGAAAGAUAGUCACCGAGUCUGCCUCACCAGUCCGAACAGGUGAAGAUGUGUUUCAAGAAAUAGAGUCACUUGGUUUGAUGAAAGUUACUGAAUUGGAAAGUGAAGAGCACAAUGCUAGAGUCAUUAAAGCUUAUAAUUGUGGAUGGAAAAAAAGAAGCAUCUUUUGGGAUUUACCAUAUUGGAGGACACUAUCAAUUAGACAUAAUCUUGAUGUUAUGCAUAUUGAGAAGAAUGUCUUUGAAAAUAUCUUCAACACUAUCAUGGCCAUUGAAGUUAAAACCAAAGAUAAUUCGAAGGCAAGAGAUGAUAUCGCAAUGAUUUGUCGAAGACCUGAGUUAGCAAUUGAUGAAUUGACACGAAAGUAUCCGAAAGCAUGUUAUAGUUUGGACAAGAAGCCAAAACAAAAAGUAUGUGAAUGGCUGAAAGAUCUAAAAUUUCCAGAUGGAUAUGUGUCAAAUAUGAGGCGUUGCAUAAACAUGAAGAAAUGCAUCUAAUUUGCAUAAAUAUUUUCCAUAAUUAGGGUGCUCAUAGUUAUUCUUCAAGCUAAGUGAGACACGCGUGCACAAGUAGUGGGGAUGGCGAGUUUUGGGUUAAAGAUGUUUGCCAAAAUAUUAUGAU